AUGUCUUUCCUGCAGUAUCCUCAGGUGCUGAAGGUCUCCAUGGAGAGCUCACCGUAUUUCCAGCUGGACUGCCCCAAUGAUGUGUACCGUAAGGUGCCAGCAGGCAUGUCCACCCAUGUGCGCGUCUGCUUCACUCCCAAGGAGAACAAGGAUUAUUCCCAUGAGCUCGUCUGCAUGAGUCAAAGGGAAAGGAUAGUUGUGCCAAUUCGGGCCAUUGCUGCCCGAGCCAUCCUGGACUUCCCUGACCAGCUGGACUUCUCGGUGUGUCCGGUCAAGUACAGCACCCAGAAGACUCUGCUGGUUCGCAACAUCGGUAACCGGGCAGCUCAUUACCAGCUGAGCACCCAGAGUCCUUUCUCCGUGGUUCCAGCCACAGGAACUCUGGGCGCUGGUGACACCAUGCAGGUGACAGUGGGAUUUCACCCGCUGACGGCUGGUGACCAUUCUGGAUCCCUGGUAGUGGGCUGCACAGGGGAAGAAAGUAUCCACAUAAACCUUCAGGGAGGAGCUGAAGAUGUAAACAUUGGGUUGAGCACAUAUUUCAUGAAGGUUAAGAGUUUUGUCAACAGGUCAAACCACGCAACCGUGUUCAUCAGAAACAGCAGUAACAUCACAGCCCACUUCCAGUGGAAGGCUUUUCCUACUGAGGAAUUUGAGAAUGAAAAGAAGAGGAGGCUGUGUCAUUUGCUGCAGCCAUCAACAAAGGUCUUGGUGGAAACCUUUAAAAAGGAGAAAGAAAUAGAGGACGAGAAGGGGUUUUGUGAAGACCUCACUGCCCUCCUGAGCAACAAGGUCAAGGAGGAGAUGGCAAAGGUGCAAGCAAACCCCAUGCUGUUCUCCAAUGAUGUUCUUUUCAUUGAGCCAAUGGAGGGAGAGAUUGGGCCACAUUGUUUGGCCAAAAUCAAGGUGACCUUUAAACCCCUAGAACCACGGGAGUAUCGAUGUGUGGCUUACUGCAACAUCUCAGGCCGUGAGAACAGGCUGCCCCUGUGCCUCAGAGGGGAAGGCCAAGGACCCUUGGUUGAACUCAGCAAUGAUAUCCUGACCUUUUGGAACACUAUUGUCGACAGCCACCAUGUCUGUGAGGUGAAACUGAUUAACAAAGGAGUUCUUGAUGCUCCCUUCACCUACAUCCCUUCAACCACAAACGUGGGCUCCUGCUUCAAGUUUGCACCUGAGGAGGGCAUCAUUGCACCGGGUGAGAGCCAGACUAUUCAGAUCUCCUUCAAUGCCACUGUGGUGGGGUACUUUGAUGAACAAUUCCGAUUCAGUGUGGCUGGAUCUCCUACGCCUGUGAUCCUGGCCAUCUGUGGGCGUGUCCAUAGACCGACUUUACACUUCCACACCAAGCAGAUUGACUUCGGUGAUGUCUCCUUUGGCUUUCCCUCCACCAGGCUCUGUCGCCUGACUAACACCUCCAUGGUGCCAGUGACGUUCAAGCUCCGCGUGUUGGACGAUGGCACACAGCCUGCUGUUAGCAGCUUUGAUCAAAUACGCAGAGACAGUGACCCGUCCUGGAGGGAGGGACUUCAUUCUUCUGUGAAGCCAAGGGAAUUUACAAUGAAUCCCAGCCAAGGGAUCAUCCUCCCCCAGACAUACCAGGAUAUCGAGGUCACCCUGUGUUCCAACACCGCGACGGAAUUCAAACGGAUAAUGCUGGCGGACGUGGAGGGUAGCCAAGGCAAGGGAGUGGCAUCACUGAUCAUCAAGGGCAGAUGUUUUGCUCCUGAGCUGCAAGUGUACCCCAAAAUCCUGUGCUUCGAUGACUGCUUCCUGAAGGUGCCAUACGAGAAGAAGCUCUUCAUUAGGAAUAACACCCUCUUUCCUGGCUGCUACGGCCUAAUUCCCCAGGAACGCAAGGAGGACUCUCCUGUCUUCUACUCUAGCCCCAAACCCUGUGGGAUUGUCCAGCCUCACAGCACUGCAGAGAUUCCACUUGUAGUCGAAGCCCAAACAUGGGGCAAGCAUUGCACCAGUGUUCCUAUCGGCGUGUUUGGGGAUGAAAGAAACCCACUGAGAACGGAACUACACAGCUACGGACGGCUGGCAGAAAUCUACCAAUGUCCAAGCCGCAUAAAUUUUGGUAGUAUCCGAGCGCUACAGCCUAAUUCACGAGGUUUUUCCCUCUUCAAUGAAGGUCUUGUUGAUGUAGACUUCAGGAUAGAGAUCGCUAAAAAGCCCCACUGCUACGUUAUUGAACCCAGAGAAGGAGUGAUCCCCGCUAGGGCUUCAGUUCGUGUGAUUAUCACAGCAACCCUGGAUGACACUGGGCAUUUUUGUGAUGAUAUCCAGCUGUUCAUUUGGAACAGGCUUUGGAAAGUCUACGUGCUUGAGGGUUUGAGCGUUGGCACCACAAUUGUCAUAGACAAACCAUUCACCCCAGAGGUCAACUUGGGAUACAAGUUCAGCCGUCUUCCCUUUUUUUGUCGGUUCAAACUAACAAACGGGGGCCACCAUUUCCAUCGGCUCUUCUGGAAGGUGGAAUGUAACAGACCAGCUAAGGAGAAGGGCCAGAGCACCUCAGCCCUCAGUAGCCCCAAGGCUGAAGGUUCCCAGAGACCCAAGAGAACCAAACAUACCCGUCCCGUGUUUGAGCUGGAGCCACCGUUGAUGGACCUGCAGCCAGGAGAGUCUGUGGACAUGGUGCUGCGAGGCUUCUCCCGUGUCCCACAGGUGGUGCGGGAUUAUGUGAUGUGUGAAGCUGUCAUUGGGAUAGGCAACGUGGUUACGAAGAUAAUAGAAACAACGUUUACCUGCGAGUUUAUUAAUCCCUCUGUAAAAAUAUCAGCCAGACAAUUCUCUUUCUCUGUGGUGAAGAAACCCAGCGAUGUCCUGACCCUGCACUACCAGCCUUUGACUAUAAAAAACACCUGCUGGCUGCCACUUGACCUUAUGCUGUCCUUGGAGCAGCCGUUUCAGGUCUGCAAUGCGAACCGGCAGCCCCUCCCAGAUGGCCAGUCUGUGACAGUGGAUGUAAAGCAGACCUGUCAUCUCUACAUUGCAUUUGACCCAGCUUAUAAACUGGAUUUUAAUAGCUGGAAAGUAAAGAAGAUCCUGAAGAUAAAAAUGGUCAGAGGCCAUCCUUCUGUGGAAAAAAUCACCCUUUGGGGAGAAGCCCGCUUCCCGAAUCUCCAAAUCCAGCCCAGCACCCUGGAGUUUGGCUGCAUCGUGGCUGGCACUGAAAAAGUGCAUUCUCUGGAGAUGACCAACUGCGGCUCACUUCCUGUCAAGUACCACUGGGCAUUCCAGACAGACAGCCAGGUCAACAGGGUGAUAUAUGAGCUUCAGCCACCUGAAUUCAAACCCCCGCAACCAAGAAUGUCGUCACUCUAUUUGCAUGGCCCGGCAACUGAAUGGGGACGCUUCAUGUGUAGGAAUGUGGAGGAGCUAGUAAGAGCCCCGGAAGAAUCGCAGGAUCUUGCCCAAUCUUCAGGAGCAGAGGUGCUGCCACAUACUCGUGAAAAGCGUUACAUCGCACCAUGGUUGAAGAGAGUCGCCUUCUUCAUGGACUUAGGGUACACUCCCCUUGAAGUGGAGAAGGCUUUCAGUAUCCUGCCACUGUCGGGUGUGCUGCAGCCGGGAGAGAGACAGCAGGUCUUCUUCAGCUUCUUUGGCCACCACAACACCAUCACCCGUGGCACAGCGCUGUGCUGCGUGGAGGGAGGCCCCACCUACAAGGUGGAGCUGACCGGGGGGGCCCCAUGUGUCAGCUACUCCCUGAGCCCCCGGGAGAUCGACUGUGGCUUACAGAUGUUUAAUGAAAUUCAUCACAGCACGGUCACCCUGGAGAACACCUGCAAGGUUAAAUUCAACUGGGUGAUAAACCCUAGCACUGCAGACCGACAUCUGCCUGGUGUGUUUCUGGUCAACCCCAACUUUGGCUCCCUUGCACCUGGCAAGAAGCAAGUGCUGAAUUUCUCUUACAUGCCAGUUUUACCAGGAGCCUUCAGCAGGACUUACCAGCUUAAAGUGGGUGUCUUGAACCCGGAAAGUAUCAGCCUGAAGGGAGAAGCGUUCUUUCCCAUGAUCACUGUGAACCUGCCCUGGAACAUCAAAGGAAAUGAAAAAUAUGAGAAGCCACCGAAACAGCUUGGAAUACAACAACAAUACACUCAGAGGAAUAAAUCAGUUGUUGGGAAGAAUACUGAGAGCCCAAAUAUUGAGAUCUUGAAGUCUCAGACCAUGACAACUCUGACCCUGAAUACUCAGGCCCUGGCAACUCAGACCUCAAAGACUCUGACCAUGAAGACUCAGAAUCUGAAGACCCAGAACCAGAAGCCCCGCUUGCUUGGCUCUGGCAUUGUACCGGACAGUCAGGUGCAGGUAGAGAUGGUGAAGAUGCUGAUGGAGAAGGCUGCUCUGGAGCUGCAGCAAAAGCUCACAUCCCAUCUCCCGAAGAACAGGUUCCCUGACAAGCAGCUGUGCCAGAGUCUUCUCAAAGUUGAGCUGCCCGAGUACGUCCUGGACAUGGGCUCUGUCCUUAAGGGUUGCACUGAGAGACGCACUCUGGAGAUCACCAACCCUGGGCAGAUCUACCUGUCCUUCCAGAUGGGUGUGUCUGUCCUGCAGGACACGGGUUUCAGUGUGGACCUGGACCAGGUGAAGGGCCUGCCCCCGAGGUACACCAUGGAAUUUGACGUGAGCUUUGAAAGUGCCCGCUGGCCACAGGGUGACGUGGAUGUGCUGCUGCCCAUCAAGGUAGCAGAAUGCCUCACGUAUAACAUCCGCCUCCAUGCCACUGUGUUGGAGCUGUCGCUCAACAUCUCCAAGAGCACUCUGGAGUUCUCUGAUAUCCUCGUUGGGCAGUGCCAGCUUGAGACAGUCCGGCUCUACAACUGGUUCCAAGUGCCCUGCAAAUGGUCCAUUACUGCCAUCAAGCCUGUUAUGAAGAAGAAUCAACGCAAAUACAUUACACCAGAAGAACAGGAGAAGCAGCUGGCACUGGAGAAUGAGCCCUGUCCCUUCAAAGUGACGCCCUCCGAAGGAACCCUUGAUGCAGGAAGCUGGCAGAACUUGCAGAUCCAGUUUAUACCUGAGGAGGAGAGGUCUUACAAGAAUGAGCUGAAGCUUAAAAUUAGUGGGAGCUGCAAUCACUUAAUGCUGCACCUCUCAGGACAAGGUCUGGAGCCACGGCUGGAGUUCAGCCCCCCAGCCCUAGAGAUGGGAUGGGUGCUGGUGGACAGUGAUAGGGUGGAGGCCACAGUGGUGGUGAAGAACCCAUGCAACUUCCCCAUUGAGUUUUACUCCCUGGAUUUUGAUGAGCAGUACCUUGAGGAGGAGAAGAUCCUGCGGAUGGCAGUGGGGUCUGAGUACCAGAAGAACUUUUUAAUGCCUCCACGUGCCGUGGGUGGGACGCUGCCCCCAGAGCUGCUGGAGGACUAUGAAGCACAGAAGAGGCCGAAGGCUCAACAGGCAGAGCUCAAGGCCAUGGCAGAGGCUGAGGCCACAGCUGAGGCUGAGGCUGAGGCCGAUGCUAUGGGCGAGGCAGCACCAGCACAUCACAGGGCUGUCCCAUUGUAUCCUGAGCCCAUGGUGAAAGCGACUGGGAAUCCUAUCUCUCGAGCUGUCAUGCGUCACCUGGGCAUUGACCCGUCUUCCGAGAGGCGUGAGGCACGGCAGCAGAAAGGGAUUGUUGUCGUCGUCCAUGGGCAUCCCCAGACAGGUAUGUGAGCUGCACAGGCGGCCCUGUGUCGCUAUUAUGACGGCGCUUGCUUGUCCAUUGACACCGUGGUGAAAGAGGCCAUCGCCAAUGAUGGGAGCCAGGCAGGGCUCUGUGCCCGUGAUCUUUGCACCAAGGCUGCCAUGGAGCUGAAACGAAGAAAUCAAAUUAGUGCUGGUAAAAAGCGUCGGCUUCCUGCUCAGACCAAGAGAAAACAAGUCUCUGAGGAAAAAAUCAACAAGAAUGCCAAAGGCAAGAAAGCUUCAGCACAAAACAAGAAGGAGCCAACCAGCAAACCCAAGUUCACAGUUUCCACUGCUCCUGCGCCCCAGCAGCUGAACAUCACCAGCAGUUGUGGGGAAGAGCUGAACUGCUUGAGCUGUGUCCUGCCCGAGGACGUGCUGGUGGACAUCCUCUGUGAGAGGCUGAAGUGUAAGGACUGCUACAAGGGAGUGGUCUUUGAUGGCUUGGAGAGCCUCUUUGCAAGCAGCCUGGAAUCCUCCCUGCUCUGUGUACUCAAAGCUGUCAAGAAUCGUCGUCAUAUCUUCAUAGUGAAUCUGCAUCAGGAUUAUGCUUCCUUGAAAGCCAAGGAGGAAGCUGAAAGACAGAGGGAGAAAGCUCAAAGAGAGAAGGAAGAACUGCAGCAGGAAGAAGCUCAUCAGAGGAACACAGAACGUGCCUUGCGAAUGGAUGAGGAUGAGUAUGAUGCCCUCCCUGAGGAGGAGAAAGCUGAAGUGGAUAAAAUAUUACUGGAAUGGAACUGUAUGCGGAGGGAGAGGGAGCUGGCUCAAAAGCUUGAGGAGGAGGCAAAAGCCUUAGAGGAGGAAGAGAGGCGGAAAGAGGAAGAGAGGAGGAAAGAGGAAGAGAGGCGGAAAGAGGAAGAGAAGCGGAAGAAGGGAAAGAAGGGUGUCUCCUCGGAGAAGCAGCCUGCAAAACCAGAGAAGGAAACGAAACCCCCAGAGAAGAAGAAAACCAAAGCCCCAGAGAAAGGGGAACCCAAAUCCUCAGAGAAGAAGGGGGAAACCAAAGCCCCAGGGAAGGGGGAACCCAAAGCCACCAAGAAGGGGGAAACCAAAGCCCCAGAGAAGGGGGAACCCAAAGCCACCAAGAAGGGGGAAACCAAAGCCCCAGAGAAGGGGGAACCCAAAGCCACCAAGAAGGGGGAAGCCAAAGCCCCAGAGAAGGGAGAACCCAAAGCCACCAAGAAGGGGGAACCCAAAGCCACCAAGAAGGGGGAAACCAAAGCCCCAGAGAAGGGGGAACCCAAAGCCACCAAGAAGGGGGAAACCAAAGCCCCAGAGAAGGGGGAAACCAAAAGCCCAGAGAAGAAGGAAACCAAAGCCACAGAGAAGAAAGCCAAGCCUCCAGAGAAGAAGGAAACUAAAGUCCCAAAGAAGAAGAAAACCAAAGCCCCUGAGAAGGGGGAAACUGAAAUCCCAGAGGACCUAUCUGAGACAGAGAAGAACUUGAUCCUGAGGUUUCAGAUUUAUGAGUCAUCACAGCAGAAUGUCGCACAGGUUUUCUCCUACUGGGACAGGGUUCAGGGUACCAUGGAGUUACCUGUGAUCCAAAAGGGAAACAACUCACAGUCUUCAGCUGAAAACAAAGGUCAGAAGACCAAUAAGCCUCAGGAGAAGGUGGAGAAGAAGCCUGAACAAAAAACUGAAGACCAUGGGAGUCUUCAGUCAUCUCAGCCAGAGACGCAAAGCAAAGCUGCAGAAGGGACAGUCAGAGACGAGCAUGUCGGGGUGCCGUGCCUGGACAUCCUGGUCACAGAUCCAAAGGCCAUGUUUACGGAGAUCCUGAGGAGUGGGAGGCUGCCAACGGGAGACCAGAUGCUGAGACAUCUGGGACUGCAUCCCGAAGGGCCUCCCCUUCCCCCUGCUGCCAUCCUCUCCAUAGUCGACUACCCAGAGGAGCGGUUGAGCUCUGCAGAGCACGUGGAGCCCUUCACCAUUGAUGCACCAGGAGGUGCUGCUAUGGAAGACACCCUGGCCAAGGCCCCAGAUGUGAAGGGCAGUUCUGCCGAGGGCCAACCAAAGACGGGUGAAGCGGCCAGCAGAGACAACUCUCCAAAGGAGAACCAGAUCUCCUCACAGAGAAUAGAAAGUCCCUGGGAUUCCUCCACAGCAAGACCCAAAAGUACACUGAAAAGUGCCUUGACCCCCAUAGAAUUCCUCAGGCUGAAACGGUACCGGUGGAUAGUGCCUGCCCACGGUGAGGUGGAACUGAAGGUCCACUUCUCCGCCAAAAAGCCAGGGAAGUUUGCGCAGACACUGAGGUUUGAGCUUGUGGAGACAAAGCGCCAGUACAAGCUGCCCUGCAGUGGCACCGGCCUGUACCCCAGCAUCAGCCAGGACCCACGGCUGGUGUUUCCACAGUGGAGGGAGACCAUGGAGGCAGAUGAAAUCAUCUACAAGGAGUAUGUUGAGAGCACAAAGCAAUUCCACUUUGGACCGCUGCUGUGUGGGAAAUCAAGAGAGUGGUACAAGGCCCAGAACUGUCCCGGCAACUCGGAGAACCUAACCAUCCUCAACAAUUCCCCCAUGGAUGUAGAGGUCCAGUUCUCCUUUGAGAAUGAUGGGGAAGCAGAGACGUUCCUUUUGGACCCUCCCAGCAUGACACUGAAAGCAGAGGAGAAGCAGGAGCUGACCAUUUGGGCAUACCCCACUUCCCCUGGAUUCCUGGAAGAUAAACUCAUCUGCUACAUUGAGAAGAACCCGGACCCAGUGGUCUUCAGCCUGUGCUGCCAUGGGGUGCAUGUGAAGCUGGAGGUCAGCCCCCUGGAGCUGUCUUUUGACAGGAUGCUUCUGCACAGGACUGCCAGCAGGACCUUGGUCCUGAAAAAUGACACCCUACUGCCCAUGGCCUGGCAGUUCAGUGGGCUGGAUGACCUUGUUGAGGACUUCUCUUUGUCACAAGAAAACGGCAUCAUUGAUCCCCGCUCAGAGUUUGAAUUGACACUUAACUUCAAAGCCAGGCAGAUUGGCAGCAUUGAGAAGACCCUGCGACUGGAGGUUUCAGAUACAGAAAACAUCCUGGGGGUUGUUCAGACUGAAAAUAUCAAAAUCUCUGCAGAGGUCUAUGAUGUUUCUCUGAGCAUUGACAUGCCUGAAGGUCCAGAUGGAAGCUUGGAUUUUGGAACCAUUAAUGUCCUGGAUAAUGUGAAGAAAGUCCUGAGUCUAAAGAACAAAGGGGCAAACAACACUAACUACAGUUUCACACUGAAGGGUGCAGGUCCCAGGAUGCGAGACUUGGCAUCCCACUUCACUGUUGAGCCUCAGUCAGGCAUGCUGACUGCCUCCCAGCCUGGUGUGAAUAUUGAGAUGCUCUUCCACCCCACAAGUGAAAUCCUCCUCGAGAACAAACCCAUCCUCUACUGCCAGGUGACAGAUGCCAGCUCAGGGAAAGGCGGCCAGACUGUCACCGACAUCCCAGUGAGGGUUUCAGCAAAAGCUGUGUACAGCAAGUACAGCAUUGAGCCUGCCUCACCCAUCGACUUCGGUGCCAUGCUCAAGGGCACCAAGAAGACCCAGACUGUCGUGCUGGAGAACAAAGGCAUGCUCAACUUCAAAUUCCACAUCCACCAAGCACCCAAGGAUGCAUCUGCUUUGGAAAGCCAAAGUUCAAAGCAAGGGGAAUCUGCUCCAUCGGCUACAAAGCACUCAGUGGGAAGGAAACCAAGCUCCUCAACACAGGGUUCCCUCAAUCUUGGCAUGUUCACGGUGUCCCCUUGCUCCGGCUCCAUCGGUCCGUGGGGCCAGCAGAAGAUCACAGUGGAAUGCCUGGCAGGGCAGGAGGGGACAUGUGAGGAGCAGCUCUACAUUGACAUCAUGGGCAGAGACCCCAAGGAAAAUCCCCUCGGCGUUCCCUUUACCCUGACUGCCGAGUCCUGCCUCCCAGCACUCGUUGAGGAUGUCACGUCAAUCUUUGAGGAGUACCCGAUCUGCAGCAGCGCCGACCGUGGCCGCAUGCUGCAGUCAGUGAAAGGCAUCGGCUUGUUCAUCAGAGAUGAGAACAAAUUCAUCUUUAACAAGGUUCUGGUUUGGCAAAAGGCUAAAGCUCAUUUCAGCAUCUACAGUGCAAACAGCCUGCCGUGUGAUGUGGUUCUCUCCAUCCAACCCCUGCCUGGAAAGGAAAAAAGCCUUGUCAAUGAGGUUUUCAAGUUGUAUCCAGUCAAGAUGUCCAUUCCUGGCUCAUCCUACGCUGUUGCUACAGUGACAUUCACCCCACCGGACAAGCAGACCUACAACUGCACUUUCAAGGCUUGCCUUGUCAUCCCAAAAAGCUCUGUGAAAAUUAAACCCCAAAUCCUGACCUUUACCAUCACUGGGAAGGGGCAUGAGCCGCAGGUGACAGUCGUGUGCCCAAGUGACCGCAGCAACAGGGGAAAUUCCUUGCUGCGCUUCAAGAGGCUCCAGCUGGGGGAUUCAGAGAUGCUCCCCCUGGUCGUCUGUAACAAGGGCAUAAUAUCUGUCAAGUUUACGUUACACCUGGAGGAUGAGCACGGAGCGUUCUUCCUGAAACGCAGGCGCUCCACACUCGAGAGAUUCCACACUGAAGAUGUGGAAGAGGACUCUGCUGAAAAUGAGAGCAAGCCCAUAAAGCCUUUCCUGCUUCUCCACCGUGGGCAAUCGACAGAGUUUGAUGUAAUUUUCAAACCCACCCUGGCUCAACGUCUGGAAGGGAAGAUUCACGUGUCAUUGCAGCACCAAUACUCAAAAAAGACCCGAAUAAAGCUGGUGGGUGAAGGCCACAAGGAUGAAUUCACCCUUGACGGACUAGAGGAGGACAGGAAUGCUAAGAGUAGUCUGGAGAAAGGCAUCAUUGAUGCUGUCAGGGUGAAUCACAUCCAGUUUGGGAACUGUCCUGUUGGAGAGCCCUGCCACAGGACCUUCACCAUCACCAACCACACCUGUACGAAGGUCCUGCGCUUUGAGUGGGAGGCAAACGCCCCAUUGCAGUUCUCCCCCAAGGUGGGACAUCUCCAUCCUGGCUGUGCCAAGGGCAUCACAGUGACCUUGAAAUCAGAUGUCCCAGCCAUCCUCAGGAGGCACCUUGUGAAAUGUAAGGUGACCAAGAUCAACUUUGAGCAGCCACGAGAGGAAGUUCAGGACUGGGACGAUCAAAUGUCCAUUGUCACAUGGAAGGAUAUCACCACCAGGAAAGACUCAGCAGCCCGCUGGCCUGUAAAACAGAAGGUGGUCGAGAAAGUCCCAGAACCGGCUCACACCGUGGUGGAGGAGAGCAGCCAGGAGGUCGAGGUGUACCUCAGUGCUGUUGUUGUCUACCCCGAGCUCAAACUGAGCACAAUCCUGGUUCAGCUCGAGGAUACCUUGCCCUUCCAGACAAGUACAGCCACUUUCAGGAUGCACAACACAGGGAAGGUGGCCCUGAAAUACUCCUGGGAGGAAGCUGCAGAUAGUAAAGCUGUGGAGAAGCCAUACUCAACUGCUCUGAUGCAGGAGCAGUUUUACGAGCAGGAGCGGCCUAAUGAGGAGGAGCAGCCUAAUGAGGAGGAGCAGCCUAAUGAGGAGGAGCAGCCUAAUGAGGAGGAGCUGCUUCAUGAAGAGGAGGAGCUUUCUGACGAGGAGAAGCUUUUUGAAGAGAUUUUUGAGGAGAUUUUUGAGGAGAUUUUUGAGGAGAUUUUUGAGGAGAUUUUUGAGGAGAAGCUUUCUGAGGUGGAGGAUUUUUCUGAUUUGGAGUUUUCUGAGGAGGAGCUUUCUGACGAGGAGCUUUCUGAGGCCAUGCAGCUGGUUUCCAAGCAGAAGUGUUCAAAGAAGCAGCGCCACUCCAAGAAAUGGCACCUCUCUCAGCAGCAGCAGCAGCCCAAGCAGCAGGACCACUCCAAGAAGCCACGCCACUCAAAGCACCUUCCUCUGCAGCAUGUUAGUUCCUCCCUGGAAAUCUUGCCAGAUGUCCAUGAACUGCCAGUGUUAUCCAUCAACCCCUCCCACGGCAUCAUCGCUCCUGGCCGGAAGCAGACCUUUCACUUGCUGUUCUCCCCAAAGAGCGUGGGGAUGUUUAAGACCACGCUGUUGUGCAGGAUUCCUAACCUGAGGCCGACUCAGAGGAAGGUGCAGGUGGUUGUGAGAGGCAGAGCCCGGGAGAAGAAGAGUCUUGAUAAACCGAAAUGCUCUGAGUUACAGCAGACUGAGGAAGGCCAGAGACCCAAGAAGCGGUUUUCUGGCGACCGCGGCAGGACUCCGAAGGUUGCUGGGGCGGUUCGCGAGGUGAUCUACUCCACGCCGGCACCAGGUGAUUUCUGGGGAGACAUCAACGCGUGCCCGACCCCGCGCCUGUCGGACAACUACGAGACUCUUGCAGCUGUACGGGGAGCCUUGCAGUGGAACCGCCCGCUACCACUAGAGAACCCAGUUCAUGACAUCUCGCCGGGAGACCAUGUGUACGUGAAAAAUUGGAGCGUGGAGCCUCUGAAGGAGUCAUGGAAUGGUCCCUACCAAGUGCUGAUGACCACGUACACCGCCGUCAAGGUCGCUGGGAUUGAUAACUGUAUACACUACACCAGGGUGAAGAAGGUACCGACGAGAUGGGAGGUGCAGCCAAUAACGGACACCCGGAUGGUAUUCCGAACAAAGCCCUGAUCAUCUUGAUACUGAUUGUUUGUCAGUUAGUAGCCUCAGCAGUUAUAAUUCAUGUACCAGACCCUUUAGUCUUAGUACCGGAAAGUGGAAAUGUUGAAUUAACCUGUUUGUUUUCUGACAACCAGAAAGCUGGAUCCCAUGAAAUUAAUGUGAGAUGGAGAAAAGGCCUUGACAUCGUAAGUAAAGGAAUAAUGACACUUUGGGAUGACCAUCAGCAAUCAGGAAACACUACCUUAAGGAUUCCUAAAAUCACAACUUCUGGAGAAGGUAGAUACACCUGUGUAGUAUGGAUAAAAGAUAGUUUUGAUUAUGGGGAUUUUGAGUUGGAAAUUAUAAAUGAAAACUAUACCAGUGCAGGUUCGGUAAUAGUAGCACCCUUGAGAACAAGCCAGGAUAUUUGGUUGGGCCCGCCAUUGAGAAUUAGUUGUCAAUACACCUUGAAGAAUAAUUGCAAAAGAAGAAUAAGGAUUAG